AGGAGGAAAGAAGGCAGAGGGGGUAAAGGGGGAGCGCACUUGAAGGGAGAGAAGGAGCAGGGUCUCCCGCACGUGUGAACGGACACAUUUGCUCUUCGCUCUCCUUUCCGCAUCCUGAUCGGGGUUAGACAAGAUCCGGCCGCCGAGGAGCCCCGUCCUGAGUGCUGCCACCCUCCCGCUCGCCUCACGCCGGCGCCGGUUGGCCUUGCUGCCCGGACAAGGCCAGCCCAUGGCUGGCGGAGGGUGGACGUUGCCCGGCGGGGAUUUCUUGUCGCCGCGGCCGCCUCCCUCUGCCCAGCCGGAGCCUAUUCAGCCGCCGCAGCCUCCUGUCGAGGAGUCAGCCGCCACAGCCUCGGAAGAGCCCGACCUGGAGCCUUGGCGCGAGAAGCAGGAGAGCGACCGGCACUGGGCGCUGCGCAGGCAGUUCCUUCUCCGCAACUUGCCGGACUACCCGGGAGACGUCUCCUUCCAGAAGCUCCUGGCGCUUUCCCACGCCUGGGCCAACCAUGUCUUCAUGGGGUGCAGGUAUAGCCAUGAAGUUAUGGAGAAAGUCCUCCAUAUGGCUGAAGGGAUUGACAUUGGCGAGAUGCCGUCAUUUGAAUUGGUGCCUGAUGCCAAGGGAACCAAAAGGCCACGCUCCCUGCCGGACAAUUCUCCAUCUCGCAGUCUUGAACCUCCGAGGAAGCAGACUCCCAAAUACCAUGCCAGGCCUCGUUUUGAACCUAUACACUUUGUAGCCAGCAACACUCCAGAUGAAGGAAAGAAGUCUGCUUCAGAAAAUGAAGCAGAGGAGGCCAGUGAGAACAUAACCCAGCAAAUCCAAAACUACGCUGAUCGGGUUUUCAGCAGCUUCAAUACCCAGGAUGGGGACACGCAGUUUUCCAGAACAGUAGGUUUAGGGUAUGGAAGUACCCAGGGAAACCAGAUGGAAGCUGAAGUGGUUUCCAGAAACAAAGACUCUUCUGCCAGUGGUGUUGCAGCAGUUUUGUGGGGGCCUUCUCUUCUCCAGGCUGCCUCUGAAACAUUUCCCAGAUCGGUUAUAACAGCCAAGCAGUAUUUCAUUAACAAACUUGCAGUGGCAGUUCACAAGAAUCUUGCUAGCCCUGAAGCUAGUUGCGAGCCAGACAAAAUUAACUACACUUUUCUGUUGACACGGUCCAUACAGGCUUGCAAGACAAACCCUGAGUAUAUUUAUUCUCCCUUGAAAUAUUUCCCCCCUGAGGACCUUCCCGAUAACAAGAAGCUCCUAAAAGACGGUUUUGCUUGUGAGGUGAGGUGUCAGAAUGUAUAUUUGGCCACAGGUUAUGCCAGCAGCAAAAAUGGAUCAAGGGACCGAGCAACGGAACUGGCAAUGAUUCUGCUGCAAAAGCCUGUGGAGGUUAAGGUCGCCCAGCGAAAGUUCAAGAACACCACCCUGGAGGAUUUAGUGCUGUGUCAGAAGGGCAAAUCCCCUCCUGAAUUCCCUCCAGCGCUCAAGCAUUUGGAUGACACUAUCACUUCCACGAAAGAAUGCUCACCUGGACAGCUGACCUUUAACCCCCAGCAGGGCUCCAGUUCAGCUAAACAUUGGACUAACUUUGUCCUCACAGAAAAUGCCAGUGAUGCCAUCGGGAUUUUGAAUAAUUCAGCCUCCUUUAAUAAAAUGGCAAUUGAAUACAAAUAUGCCAUGAUGCCAAAUAGAUUGUGGCGCUGCUGUGUUUACCUGCAGGACCACUUCUUAGCCGAAGGGUAUGGCACGAAAAAAACAAGCAAGCAUGCUGCAGCAGACGAAGCACUGAAAGUUCUCCAGAAGACCCAGUCCAGUACUGGGCCCACCAAAGCAGUCCAGGUUCGGAAAUUUAGUGGGGCCACUCGUAUUCCCCCCAAGAAGAAGAGUCUGAAGGAACUUGUUGUGUAUGAGAACUCAAUGAACCCUGUGUGCACACUGAACGACACUGCUCAGUUCAACAAGAUGACAGUGGAGUACAUCUUCGAAAGGGUGACGGGGAUGCGGUGGAAGUGCAAGGUGAUGCUGGAAAAGGAAUUAAUUGCUGAAGCAAUUGGGGUCAAGAAGAGUGUCAAGCACAUGGCAGCAGAAGAGGCGGUCAGAGUCCUGAAAAGAACCCAGCCAACAGUUGUCAACAACCUGAAGAAAGGCACCAUCGAAGAUGUCAUCUCACGGAACGAGAUCUGUGGCCGUUCAGCAGAAGAAGCAUCGAAGCAGCAGAUCAAGGAAGACAACAUUGGGAAUCAGAUUCUAAGGAAAAUGGGCUGGACAGGCGGUGGCUUGGGUAAAAGUGGGGAAGGGAUCCGAGAACCGAUUGCUGUGAAGGAACAGUUCAAAAGGGAAGGGCUUGGGCUUGACAAUGAAAGGGGGUCAAAAAUUGCAAAGAAAGAUGUUGAACAGAUCAUCCAGAAUUAUGCCUUCUCGGACAGUAAAGUUGAUCUGACGUUCUCGACAGAACUGACCAACGAUGAGCGCAAACAGAUUCAUCAGAUAGCCCAAAAAUACGGGCUUAAGAGUAAAUCCCACGGACAGGGCCGUGAUAGAUACUUAGUGGUUAGCCGAAAGAGGCGUAAAGAAGACUUGUUACACCAGCUAAAGCAAGAUGGUCAGGUUGGCCAUUAUGAACUCAUUAUGCCACAGGAUAAAUAAGGCUUGAGGGCCAUCCAUUUCUUCUGGGGAUGUUCAGACUAAGGCUGAAUUCUCCAUUAAACCAAGCAAAAGUUGCACAUGGUUGUGGGAGUGAUUGAAACCUGUUUUACUUGUUCAUUAAUUUUUUAAAACUUUCUUAGCAAAAAAAUAAGAGCUUUAUCUAAGCAGUUUAACUGUUUUAUGAAAUCUCUUGGAAAUGGCUUGUUUCCUUCACAUUUUCCUAGUUUUGUAAUAGCAGGAACACUUUGUGUCACAGGGAAAGUUUGCACACCACUUUCAAGCAAAAGGGAAGGAUGGUUUACUUCUCUAUUUUUUAACUUAAAAAAAUUUAAAAAUACAAAAAGAAAGAAGGUGGCAAUAUGUAGAAAACUAUCUAAAGUUGGUAUUAAUAGAUUUUUAUUUCUGGACAUGCAAAGAAUUGCAUGUUUUGUAUUUAAAAUGUUGGAUUUUAUUGUGGAAAGGAUGGGGAACUUGCUUUGCAGUUUAUUCAAAAUGCAGCAUCAUUACAGUAAUUAGUAAUUUGGUUUACCCAAGACUGCCUUCUUCAUUUGUACCCUAAAAGCCAAGGAUGAGGAAGCUGUGGCUCUCCAGAUGUUGCAGAAUUACAACUACCACAAUCCCUGGCCACUGGUGAUGCUGGCUGGGGCUGAGGGGAAUUAGGAGCAGAUCACAAUCUAGAGGCCCACAGGUUCUCCAUCCCUGAUAUAAACCCAGAAUGGGAGAUAGUAAGAAAAGCCUGAGUCUCAGAUUUUUUAUUUAAAAUCUAUAUUUAUAAGCCAAAGUUCAUAAGUGGGUGGGAGAGUGUGCUUGAGUUGUUUUAAUUUUAGUAGGAGCACUAUGGCAUAAAACUCCCACUGAAAUCAGUGGGCCUUAAGUGUGUUCAACCGUGGCAAGUUGCCUACAGUUUCUAAGAUAACUUUCAGAGUUUGAGGCAAUGCCUUCCGCUUCCUCUUGGGGAGGACGUCUGAGGAGCAUAUCACAGCUCUGUAUGUGUGGGAUUAUGUAAACACACGCAAGCUUGUUUUAAUUUUUGUUAUUUCAUAGAGCAGAGGAUAGGGAACCCAGAUUUUGUUAGACUUCAAUUCCCAUGAGUCCUUGGGUGAUGAGUUGUUGCCUUGCAAAAUCUGGUUCAAGGCCACAGGCUCCCCACCUCUGUCAUAAGAGCCAGAAUCUGUAAUUCUUUGAAAUUGAUUUAUUGUGCAGAAAAUACAGGGCUCUGGGUUUUGCCUCAAGUGGCCAUGCUUCUGCUUUCCAAAUCUGAUGAUGUCAGUGAAUAAAUUAAAGCGUUUUCUAUCACCUUAACAGAAAGAUGAACCCUGGUGGAGUGGAUUUCUCCUACAACUAUUGUUCAGUGAAGUAUUUUUUAAAAAAUAAACACUCUCGGGUCA